AUGGCGGUAAGCAUCUUCCGAGCUCAUUGCCCGCUGCCCGCUGACGGCCGUCGCGGGCAGCCGCCCGGCAGCCACCCGGCCCCUCUGGCCAGGGAGCUGCGCCCGGACCCUGGCCGCCCCCCAUUGCCGCCCUCCCCUCCCACCCCACCUCCAUCACCUCCUCCACCAUCACCUCCACCACCACCAUCACCUCCAUCUCCUCCACCAUCACCUCCUCCACCAUCACCUCCACCAUCAUCAUCACCUCCUCCACCAUCACCUCCACCACCACCAUCACCUCCACCACCUCCACCACCUCCACCUCCUCCACCAUCACCUCCACCACCACCAUCACCUCCUCCACCUCCUCCACCACCACCUCCACCACCACCAUCACCUCCAUCUCCUCCACCUCCACCACCUCCUCCACCAUCACCUCCUCCACCUCCUCCACCAUCACCUCCUCCACCUCCUCCACCAUCACCUUCACCACCUCCUCCACCACCACCUCCAUCACCUCCACCAUCACCAUCACCUCCAUCACCUCCUCCACCAUCACCUCCACCACCAUCAUCACCUCCUCCACCACCACCUCCACCACCACCAUCACCUCCAUCUCCUCCACCAUCACCAUCACCUCCAUCUCCUCCACCUCCUCCACCACCUCCUUCACCUCCUCCACCAUCACCUCCACCACCAUCACUUCCUCCAUCUCCUCCACCUCCUCCACCAUCACCUCCACCACCAUCACCACCUCCUCCAUCUCCUCCACCUCCUCCACCAUCACCUCCACCACCACCAUCACCUCCUCCAUCUCCUUCACCUCCUCCACCAUCACCUCCACCACCACCUCCACCUCCUCCACCUCCUCCACCAUCACCAUCACCUCCAUCUCCUCCACCUCCUCCACCACCUCCUUCACCUCCUCCACCAUCACCUCCACCACCAUCACCACCUCCUCCAUCUCCUCCACCUCCUCCACCAUCACCUCCACCACCAUCACUUCCUCCAUCUCCUCCACCUCCUCCACCAUCACCUCCACCACCACCAUCACCUCCACCACCUCCUCCACCUCCUCCACCAUCACCUCCACCACCUCCUCCACCUCCUCCACCACCACCACCACCAUCACCUCCACCACCUCCACCUCCUCCACCAUCACCUCCACCACCACCAUCACCUCCACCACCUCCACCACCAUCACCUCCUCCACCUCCUCCACCAUCACCUCCACCACCUCCUCCACCUCCUCCACCAUCACCUCCACCUCCUCCACCAUCACCUCCACCUCCUUCACCAUCACCUCCACCACUACCAUCACCUCCUCCAUCUCCUCCACCUCCUCCACCAUCACCUCCACCUCCACCACCACCUCCUCCAUCACCUCCACCUCCACCAUCACCACUUCCAUCACCACCACCAUCACCUCCACCACCAUCAUCACCAUCAUCACCUCCCCCACCUCCACCACCACCUCCACCUCCAUCACCUCCACCUGCACCACCACCAUCACCUCCCCCACCUCACCAUCCCUCACCUCCAUCACCUACACCACCACCAUCUCCUCCACCAUCACCACCUCCACCAUCACCUCCACCUCUACCACCA